UCGUCUGUCAUAUAAACAACUUUCAAAUGUGAAAUGUAAAUUUAUUUUGUGGAAAUUUAUGGAACUGUGACGUAUUUUAUUAUUAUCACUUCUAAUUACUAUGCCUACAGGCCGUGCUGUUUUGUUAUUACGACGUUUGUCGACAGGUGAUAAUAGAUUAAAAAAUAUUAAUUUAAACCACCACACUUCAAAGGAGUCUUUAUUUAUAAACCCGGUAUGCUUAAAUCGGGAUUUCAGUUUUAAUAAAAGAUUUUCUUCAUUUGGACACACUUAUCUGCUGCCACCACAACUAACAAGAAGUAUCAGUGAUAGUAUCAUUAAAAUGGCUUCAGAUAAAACAGAUUCUAACCAAACUGAAAAUCCAAAACAUACAAACAGAUUGGUUACUGAAAAAUCACCAUAUUUAUUACAACAUGCCCAUAAUCCAGUAGACUGGUAUCCAUGGUGCCAAGAAGCUAUCGAUAAAGCUAAAAAAGAAAAUAAACUUAUAUUUCUUUCUGUGGGAUAUUCUACAUGUCACUGGUGCCAUGUUAUGGAAAAGGAAUCUUUUGAAAAUGAAGAUGUCGCCAAGGUUAUGAAUGAGCAUUUUGUUAACAUAAAAGUUGAUCGUGAAGAACGACCAGAUUUAGAUCGAGUUUAUAUGCUUUUCAUCAUGGCAACUCAGGGAGGAGGGGGUUGGCCUAUGUCAGUUUUUCUCACACCUGAUUUACGCCCAGUAACAGGUGGCACUUAUUUCCCACCAGAAGAUCGGUGGGGACGCCCAGGUUUUAAAACAGUCUUGUUGUCUUUAGCGAAAAAAUGGAAAGAUAACCAGGCACAGUUUCUUGAAGCUAGCAGUAAUAUUAUGGAUGCUUUAGAAAAUAUUUCUAAAGUAAAUGUUGAGACUCUAUCGGUACCCGGCGAAGCAACAUGGAAUAAGUGUGUACGACGUUACAUGUCAUUAUUUGAACCAGAAUUUGGCGGAUUCGGGACAGCGCCAAAAUUUCCACAAGCUUCCAUAUUAAACUUUUUAUUUCAUUUCUAUGCAAGAGACAAAAAUCAUGCUGAAGGAAAAAGGUGCUUAGAAAUGUGCCUACACACUUUAACUAAAAUUGCUAAAGGUGGCAUUCACGAUCAUGUAUCUAGUGGAUUCGCUCGUUAUUCUGUAGAUAAUGACUGGCAUGUUCCACAUUUUGAAAAGAUGCUCUAUGACCAAGCCCAAUUAAUGGUUGCUUACACUGACGCUUACCUUGCGACAAAAAAUGAUUUUUUUGCAGAAGUUGUCCGCGACAUUGUAAAAUACGUAAACAGAGAUUUACGACAUGAACUUGGGGGCUAUUAUAGUGCAGAAGAUGCAGAUUCAUAUCCAACAUAUGGUGCAUUACAUAAGAGAGAAGGAGCAUUUUGUGUGUGGGAAUAUAAUGAACUGGAAUCCCUUCUUGGACAUAAAACAAUUGGAGCUCUUUCUUAUUUAGAAAUAUUUUGCGAUUACUUCAGUGUAAAAGAAAAUGGUAAUAUAUCACCUGACAGUGAUCCUCAUGAAGAGCUCACAGAUAAAAAUGUUCUAAUUGUAUAUGGAAGUAAAGAAGAAACUAUGUCGAAAUUCGGUCUUACUCCAGAGCAGUUCAAUGAAGUAAUAUCUAAUUGUAUUAAUAUAUUGCACGAAGAGCGCUUAAAAAGACCAAGACCACAUUUAGAUACAAAAAUUCUGUGCUCUUGGAAUGGACUUCUAAUAUCAGGCUUAUCGCAGGCUGGACAAGGUUUAGGAGAAAAAUGUUUUGUGGAAGAUGCAAUUAAAACUGCGCAAUUUGUCAAAGAAUAUCUAUUUGACCCUAAUGUUAAAACUCUUCUCCAUUCUUGUUACAAAGCUGAUAAUGGAAACAUUGUUCAAACUAAUCAGCCUAUUCAAGGAUUUUUGGAUGACUACGCCUUUCUAAUUAAGGGUUUACUGGACUUGUAUGAAGCAUCUCUUGACUUGAAGUGGCUUAAUUGGGCACGUGAAUUGCAAAUGAAGCAAAAUGACUUAUUCUGGGAUGAUGAAAAUGGAGGAUAUUUCACAUGUUCCACUGAGGAUAAUACUGUCGUUUUAAGGUUAAAAGAAGAUCAAGAUGGUGCAGAACCAUCAGGCAACAGUGUUUCAUGUCACAACUUACUACGCCUAGCCGUGUAUGCAGAUAAAAGUGCUACAUCCGAAGGAGAGCUAGAGAAGGAAAUGGCAAAAAAAAUAUUAAUUGCCUUUUCCAAGCGCUUAAACGAUACGCCUACAGCUCUGCCUGAAAUGAUGUCUGCACUCAUGUUUUACAAUGAUUCUCCUACACAGGUUCUAAUAGCGGGUGGUUGUUCGGACCCGCGCACGUUGGAGUUGGUGCGCGUGGUGCGCUCGCGCCUGCUGCCGGGCCGCGUGCUGGCCGUGGCCGACCCCGCCGCCGACGCGCCCGCCGGUAUGUCCGACAUACUGCUGGCGCGCGUGCGCAGUGCGGGCGACGUGCCCACCGCGUACGUGUGUCGGCGCUACGCCUGCUCGCUGCCCGUCACCGACAGCAAGCAGCUCGGCGACCUGCUCGACGAGUAGCGCGCUGGUGCGCCUGCUCAAUUCUUUGACAAUAUUUUAUUUUUAUACAUAUAUAUUUUUUUGUUCUCAUAGAUUUUAUUUCAGUAUUUGUUGUGAUUUUUUUAUUUCAAGAAUUCUCAAUUUUGAGGUACUUUGGGUUUGUUGGUUCGAACUAUACUGUUAAUUGUAUGAAUGGAAUUUUAAAGUUCAAUAUAUUCUAUGUCAACAUUAUAAUUUAAUUAAAUAUAACUAGCCUAUUCCAAUCGAAGAAGGAGUCUGAUAUGCUAUAAUGCUCUACAUAGAGUUCUUGAUUAAUAUAUCCUUAUUUAUAAAGCAACAUUAUUCCACUUAACUAGUUAUAUCGACUUUAAUUUUGCUUCCAAAGUUUCAAUAACUUCCGACAUACAAGACGCCAUUUUUCUGUAAUCCAUAAUGAACACACAUAAUGAAUAUCACGUCAAUUUAAUGUCAAUGUCUCGUUUAUUAUUUACUGCUCUUGUGGUUGGAAUAAGCUAUACUUAUUUCUUAUCCACAUUUUAGAUGUAGUUUAUUAUAUGAUGACAAUAAAUAUGUCAUUGAAAACAUAACAGAACAAUAAUUUUUCAAUAAAUGUUGUAAGUAAAGAAAUAAAUUAAAAAAAUAAUAUUAAGUAAGAAGCUACAUGAGUGACAUAAUAUAUAUUUUUUAUUAAAAUUCGGUUCCUCAAUCAAUUUAUUGGAAAAUUCUAAGUAUAGUUAAUCUGAUUCCUUUGAUAAUAAACAACGUAACUUGGUAUAAGUUGAAUAUUCAUCCAUUAUAAACGAGGCGAAAUAUAUGUAUACGAAAUAGAUAUUUAAGUCAAAUGCUUCGGGUUUUUCAUAUGAACUAAUAAAAAAUUCUAUAUAUUUAUUAUAGCUGUUUCUUGUUACAAAAUAUUUGCUUAUUUUGAUUCCUAGUCUGUAGUUGGUUAAAUACAUUUCUUCGUAUGACAAUAGCUUUGCAAAUUAAUUUUUGUAGGACACUAUUCAAGUAUUUCAAGUGUCAUCGUUUUCUGUCUAAUAAUAUUACGGCAUUUUUUUUAUAUUCGCCGGGAGGGCAAGUGACUCUACUCCACCUGAUGGUAAGUGGUAGUAGAGUCCAAACGCCACGACGGCCACUACAGACGGCAUAGUUAGAAACGUUGCUUGGCGAGUGUUUUGUUAAACACUGAUUCUCUUUCUGGCAUUGUUUGGCAUUCGAAAGAAGACGACACAGCAUUGUUUAACGAAUCACUCCCCAAAACAAGGUUUAUAGGUAAGGGCGUUAAUUUUUCAGCUUGUAUUUCAAUAUAUAUUAUUAUACCACUUUAAGUGGGAGAUUUGUCUGAAUAAAUUGUGAUAGUUUGGCUCGAAUAGUCUCCAUUUGAAAACGGAAUCAUAGAAUUUAAAAUACUCAUAGUUAUUAUUCUCAACAAAUGAGACGAGUCUUUAAAUAUGUAAAUUAUAUAUUGUAAUAACGUAUUGUACUAUUGUACACGUUUAUUUUAUUUAUAUUCCUUUUAGUUAAUAGUCAUUGCUAAGCAAUUUUUGUUCACGUUAUUAUGCAAUAAAAUAAAAAUAU